CACGCUUCUGACCUCGUGGCCAUUGAACCAAGCCAGGAAUGAAUCUAGCAGAGAAGUGAAAAGCUGCUUUCCCAUUCCAAUCCAUCAUCCAUAUUAAUCCAACCAACCAACCAGCCAACCAACCAGAGGUAUAGCAGCAGCAGCAGCAGCUCAAUUCCACUACCUUCAUGGCUUCCAAUCUCAUGCACCACCGCGUCAAGCAAGAAGAAGAGCAGCAGCAGCAGCUCCCUCUCAACGAGAACGACUCCCAGGACAUGAUCCUCUUCGAGGUCCUGCGCGAGGCCUCGUCCAUGGCCCCCUCCGCCGCCCCGCCGCCUCUCCCCUCCGUUCUCCUCAAGGCCCGCGCCGCCCUCCAACCGCGCGCCCGGAAGUACCGCGGCGUGCGCCGCAGGCCGUGGGGCAAGUUCGCCGCCGAGAUCCGCGACUCGACCCGGCACGGCGCGCGCCUCUGGCUCGGCACCUUCGACACCGCCGAGGAGGCCGCCGUCGCCUACGACCGAGCCGCCUUCCGGAUGCGCGGCGCCAAGGCGCUGCUCAACUUCCCGCCGGGCGUUUCCCUCCCCGCCGGACCUUCCGCGACCGCGAUCGACGAGCAGAGACUCGGUGACUCGGCCUGAUCGGCGAGGAAGCUACCUGCUACCCUGCACAUGUACAGAAGAAUUAAAGAGGUUUUAUAUUCGUUCCGUGAUCAAAAUUUGUAGUUCGAUCGGAUAAAUUCGAUAUGCUUAUAAAGAUCGGAGAGGAGAGGGGAGAUUAUUUGGAAUCAUGGGAUAAGGCCUUCGAUCGAGGCCAUUUCCAGUCACUCUGUUUCUAAUUCCCAUGAAAACUACAUGAACUGGUAGUGGUAACCUUCUUCAAA